UUGUUUUUAUUCCAUGACUCUGUAGACUACUAUUGGAGCCACUCGUAUAGGCUACUUCAAAUGUUAGCUCUAAGUUUAGAAAUAUGCACAGAGGUGGGGCUGUCGUGUCACUCUUUCCACACUAACAACAGUCCAUCACACAGUAGUAGUGUCUCAUGUCUCUUUAAAUGCGGGUUGCGUAGAUCCUUCAUGAAUGAAACCAUGUGAUCCAAACAUCAUUUGACGUCUGGCGCCUCCGACCAUAGACUAAAACAAGCGAGGAAGGAGUGGAUAUAUGUAGACCUGCGAGAAGGCGUGAGCGGAAAAAACAUUUCUCCAACUGUCUCUCUCCACACCGGGUCGACGAGCCAUCGGCGAACCCCAACCCUCGAAGGUGCGGUGGGCGAAAGGCGCCGGUUUGACUUCUGGUGUGUUCAGAAGAGCAAGGCACUUGUGGCAUGACGACGACUAACAAAGGAAAUAAAGCCUUGAAGGUGAAGCGUGAGCCGGGGGAGAAUGGCACCACCCUCACGGACGACGAGCUGGUGACCAUGUCAGUGCGGGAACUGAACCAGCACCUCAGAGGGCUCACCAAGGAUGAGAUCGUGCAACUGAAACAACGGCGGCGCACCCUGAAGAACCGGGGCUACGCCGCCAGCUGCCGGGUGAAGCGGGUCACCCAGAAGGAGGAGCUGGAGAAGCAGAAGAGCGUGCUGCAGCAGGAGGUGGACAAACUGGCCAAUGAGAACGCUUCCAUGCGCGCGGAGCUGGACGCUCUGAGGUCUAAGUACGAGGCGUUGCAGACCUUCGCCAGGACUGUGGCACGGAGCCCCUCUGUGGGGGUCGGUGUGAGGGGGGGAGGGGGAGGAGGAGGGGGAGGCAUGGCGUCGUCAGUCAUUGGCCCGUUCAUACCGGGGAAGAUGGCAACAGCCACCAGCGUGAUCACAAUAGUGAAGUCAAAAACAGAUGCACGGUCUUGAGGGAGGGAAAGAUAGAUGAGGGGGUGCGGUCAUUCUUCUUCUCUGCCGCCCACCUGUCCUCCACCUGCACUGACGUCAAACAGCUGGGCGCUCUCCAUCACAUCGCCUCAGCACCAUCACCUGUCUCAGAUCAGUGCAGCUGGAGGAAAGGGUGGAAGCAGUGGAAGAUUGUUGAGACUCUAAAGAUGCAAGUCUUUGGUCGGCGCAUGAUCAUUUAGCACAGGACAGAUACACAGGGUUCCUACGGUCACUGAAAACCUGGAAAAGUCCAAGAAUUUGAGAUUAGGUUUACACCAGGCCACGGGGGAAACAUUUAAGAAUGUCAAUGCCCAAAAUACUUUGGAAAAAUCAUUCAAACCAAGUUGUAGAACAUUUGAAUUCGCUACACUAGGCAUGACUUCAUUUAAAAUGUUCUUUAAUAUUCAAACAUUGGAAUUGGAAAGUGAACAACACUUAAAUAUCCUUAAUAAAUAAAAUAAUUAUUCAAAUAGACUCUCAGGCUGUGUGUUGCACAAUGCCGAAGUCCUUUUUACGUAAUAUCGUGACAGGCCUAUGCCACCCAAACAAAGAUAUUCAAACACACAACAUUUGUAUUAGAGCCAAAAAGAUGGUGCUUAUGUAUUUCUGUUUGUUGGAUUAGAUUGACACAAAAAAUCUUUGGACCCUGAGUUCCAACAGAAUACGCAAGAUUCCCGUGACCUGCUGAUUUCAGUCCCAUCAUGCUCCACCCUAGCCAAGAACUUUUUAAGAGAAGUACUAGAGAAAAUAUAUAUUACACAAUGGUGGUAACUGUAUUUCUACUGUUUUGUACCGUGUUGUCAUUCACAUGAGGUCCAAAGUGUAUUCUCUGUGCGUCAAUUGUUAUAUCAGGAAUUCUGUGAAAUUCUGUUGCGCGUGUUUGGUAUUGCUAUAUUUAGUUAGCUGUAUUUUUUUCUACGAUCUCUUCACUUUCUAUGUACAGCUCUCUUUCUCUUACCUAUUGUUUCUCUGUCCUUCCAUUUCUCAAUUCCAACUGGUUUCCAUUCUUACACACAGUACUUCCUGGAUCCAACAGAAAGAAGGGCGAUAAGGCAAUUGAUAUUUACCAAAAAACACAACAUACUAUAGAGGAAAGGAGAUAAGGUUACUGACCUUAUCUCAGUUUAUAGGAAUCUUCAGGGAAAUGGUCUUUUGAACACCAGGGCUGAAUCAAGAUAAAGUUGUCUUCUGUCUCUCAAAAGUAUGUUGAAAAAAAUUGGAAGGGCAAGUGCCUUUGGUCUCCUAAUGAUAUGCAUCAUCUCAAAGGCAAGAGGAAUUCUGGGAGGACGGUGGAGAUUCAAUGCAGUUGUUUGUUUAUAUACCUGUGCUUAAUGUGAAACACUGACCAAUCAGGAAUCAGGUUGUGGCAGCAUUUAACUGUGCGUUGUUGUAUGAGCUGUGUAGUAGCAAGAUUAUAAAAAUCAAUAACACCCAUUUAUGUGACUCGGCAGUUCAUAAACUUAAAUAUUACUCUCAAAAUGACCAUUUCAACAUCUAAUACUUACCCCGCAUCACCAUGGAUUCUUGAACAAAUCUUUGGGCUUUUUCGGAAACCCCCACCAUUAAUGGAGAAUCAAAAAUCGUAUAAACAUUUUGGUGAUUUGAAGUAAAUUGGGGCCACAUUUUAGAAAAGCAAAGCCAAUAUAUCUGUGCUAAAACUUGACUAUUCUAUACACUUUGGACUUGCUCAAGAGUGAGACUAUUAAUGCGGAAGUGUUUUAAAUCUUAAAAUGUUUGGUAAAUGAAUGUAUUUGGAAAUGAUGGGCACACAACUGGAUACAUGAGACUUAUAUUAAACUUUACAAGUUGUGUUAGUUUGUAAACACAUUUUUAUGUAUAGUUUUGCUGUUUUUAAAACGCAGCCACUAUUAUUUGGAAAUUAAAUGGACUUUUUUCCAUUUUUGGAUUCUUUUAUCACUGUGGGGGUAUGCUAAUUUUGUUCAAGAGCUCAAGGUAAUUCAGGAUGAGUCAUUGAUUUAGAAAGUAUCACUUUGUUGGUGAAGUAUUCCUUCAAAAAGAAAAGAACAAGAAGUAUUGGCAAAACCGCGCCAUUUUCUUGCACAGAACAAGCUUUUGGGAAAGUUAUGAGUAAAAAACGGUUUUAUGCUAAUAAUAUGGUUUGCGUGUUUAUGAAUUUGAUUGGCUACUGACUCAAAGAUCUAGGUUAUUUCACCUACAGCACAUUCUUGCCUCUAAUCAAAGCGGUUAAUGUUGCUUUCUCUCGCUUUGAACCACAAAGUCAGUCACGGACUGCAGUCAGCCAGCAAUGCUUAUUCUCUGAAUUAAAGGUCACACAAAUGGGAUGUCAUGUCACAGUUUUACCAUAAAAGUAGUCUUACGUGGUGUUCUAUACUCCAAGAAUCUGUGUCUAUGUACGGUAGAGUCUGGAAUUUUAUAAAGACAAUUAUCUUUGCAUUGUUUGUAACGACCUGUAAAAAAAAAAAAAAAAAAAUAGGUGUAACAAAAUCUGUUUGAUAUACAGUAUCUCUCUAUUUUGCAAUUGUACCAAAAGUGGCUUAACUACUGAAUAGCUUUGUUUCUUCUCUUGUGACUAGGCACGUGUGUGUAACCGUGAACUAGCGUGUGGUGUGCUGUGUAGGUAUGUGACGAGGUAACUAUAACUAUUUCAUGGAUAUGACUUUGAUCCUUGUUUGAUUUCAGGCCAAAGCGGGGGAUGACACUGUAGGUAACUUUCUCUAAUCAGAAGAUCUUUGUCCUCCCGGCCCCAUCACUCAGCUCCUGCACUGCAGACGUGUUACACAGUGUUUAUCUGCUCCUAAUCUGCACUCAUCAUUUUGUACAUCUCAAGUCCAUUUAGCACAUAUUUCUGAACAGGAUGUCUGCGGCUUUAUUUUGGUCCUUGCAGCGUUAAAAGCUAGUUAUUGACCGAUGAGAUGAGGAAGUGUUAUGGUUAACCUCACAGGCUUCAUGAUAUAUCGUGUAUUCAGGUCAUCCGGGAAAGUAAUAGCGAUGUAAAACUCAACAAUGGGCCUGUGCUGCACCACCCCCUGCUCCAUCAAUAGGUUAUUUUUGUAAUGUGUGAUGAGAAAACAUCUUGUUUUUGCUGUGUACAUUUGACAUAGUUCUGUAUAUAUAUUGUUCCUGUUUUGUUUUGAUCUGUAAGUGUCAGGGAAGUGAAAUUUGUUAACGUAUUUGGUGUUUUAUGAAGUGAAAAAAAAAGUAUUCUGCUGUUUAAUGGUUUGUCUGUCAAAGAGUUAGGUUUACUUCACAAAGUCCAAUUGCCUCAACUGGAUGUUCUUUUCUUUAAACUAAUGGAAACCUGAUAUAAAUAAUUUACUGAAAUAUAGAAGCAAUUGACAUGAUAUAACAAGAGACCAUACAUGCAGCCUUUUUCCUGAACCGCUCCUUUUCCACUGUGAAGAAAACGUGGUUAACCAGCCUACUGCUGUGCAGUUAUUAAGAUGAGCGAUGUGUGUCUGAAUUGACGGUAAUAUCAAAUCAAACAGGUGAACAGUGAACAAAGGCAUUGGUAGGGAAAUGUGUUUAAAACAUAUUAUUUAUCUUUCAUCUUUACACUGUAUGUUAAGCUAACCGUGACAUUUGAGGACUACCAAUGUCAAAAUAAAAAUGUCUCAGUCAUUUUAUUUUGAUGUCUUAUCACAGGAAUAUCCUCCAUGGUAUUCAGCCACAAGCAAGCAUAGGUAUCACACCCAGCAUAUUUAUGUAUGUGCUCUUUAUUUGUAAUUUAUUUUUGAAUGUGUCCUGUUUUGUGUACUCAGAAUAAUAUUAUUAUAUUUCCCUGAUGAAGUUUUAUUCCUAUAUAAUUUCACUCAGUAUACUGUCUUUUUAUUUGCUUUUUUAAAUUGUAAUGAAUUUGUUCUGGCUCAUCCUGUGUUGCGUGUGAGGUCAUAGUGGUAUCCAUUAGAGGGGGAAAGCACUAAGGGUUUAUCGGUGUCAAGUUGAAACAGAAUUAUGAAACUUCCUGAUGCCUGUGAAAGCCUACGUAACACCCACUAUGAUAUUAAUGCUCCUGUUGUUUUUAAACGAUGCAUACUGUGUAAGCAAAGAUCUGUUCACAUGGUGGCUGAUGUUUAAUAGACAUUAAAUAUCAUCAAGAAAACGACCUCCUGCUCCCAGGAGGAGUGACACAUUCGUAGCUGUUGAGUGGAGUUGUCUCUUUUAUAAAAGCAGGUGUGAUGUGACAUGUUAAAUAGCUGUGGUUAUCAAUCCAUUUGUGGUUGUGAAUGCCAGCACCAGUUUGUCUCUCUUUUAUGUGUUGUGGCUUACAUUGCUUUUUUCACCAUGUCACUUAACAAUCAACUGUGAAAACAUUUAAAUCAUCAUAUAGGUUUGAUCAACUUCCAUUUGAGGAGAAGGAGAAAUCUAAAAUAAGUUUGUUGUAUUCCUCCAGUGUAAAACAGUCAGGGUGAAAUAUUUCUCCCAAAUGUUCACUCGGCAGACGUGAUCAGAUGACAAAUAGGCCGAUUAUCAGACAGAGCAUCUUAGUGGCUUUUCAUAACCGAGUUUAUGGGCUUGUUAGACAACGCUGACCUUAUUUCCCUCUGCCUGUACAGGGGUCAUACCCUCUGUAUGAAGAGACAUUUCAUUACAAAUCCAAGCUCCUAAACUUGCUUCCAUAAAUAUUUUUACAGAGGCAGAAAGGAGUGGUGGAGACACAUCGGAUAAAACCCCACUCCAUUUAUCCCAGCCCUCUUUACAAAGUGUCAGCGAGUUAACUCAGCAGCACUUCUACAAAACCUCAGAUUCUUCUAGAAGACGCAAAUCAUUAACUCCUUAUCUCCCUGCCUGGCCGAACAGUAUGUAGUCAAUCAGUUGUUUUCCUGUCUACUGAUUCACGCCACAGGACCUUAAAAGCCCUUUCACCCUCCUCCAAUGCCGAUCGAUGAGAGUAAAUGAACCAAGGAUUCCUUUGAUGGUUUGUUUGGUGUUGUCAUCAAUAAUAAUGUUGGUUUUGUACUUCCUUCUGCUGCUCUCUCUUACUCUCUGCCCUUAUCAGUUGCAAAGCCUCUAGCCUACAAUACGUACCCAGAGUUUCACAUCACAUUAACUUAUUUCUAUGUUUUGCUUGUCAUUGUAACAGUCUCUCUAUUUGUACUACUUUAAUGUUUUUUCCCCCAUUAAACCAUGUGAUCAUUUGGACAGGUAUGGGGAUAUGUUUGUGUUUCUAAAAGUAUAUUAUGGUCAGUUUAAAGCUAUAGAAAAGUAGUGACUGUGUGAAUAUGGCAUAGCCUGUUCAGAAAAAGCCCUUGUAAUAGGAAAUUCUGUGUUUUGUAAUAUUUCUGUAUGGGGUGUAAUAAAUUGUUCUACGACAGUACUUUAUACGGGAAAAUACUUUAAAUGUGUCUUUGUAAGUAUUUAUCUUCAACUAAAUUAUUGUACUUCUUUUUUUUGCAAUUUGUAGAUAUGUGAGGUGAUGAUGACAAGGUAUUGGUAAUCAUGAAAUUAAAUGUUUCAUCAUCGGUCUGAUCCAUCUUUUAAUUUAUUGAUGUAUAUACUGUAUGUUUGUUGAUAAACAGCUUACUUUAUUUUGUAUAUGACCAAUAAACAUGUUUUGAAAUGGAA